CCCUUCUCUAGAGCCUUCCUCUCACAGAGCACACACAAAACCCUAGAGUAGGAAGCGAGCGAGAGAGAGAGAGAGAGAGAGAGAGACCACACCCAUGGAGCGCUCCCACCUCGCCGUCCUGCUCGGCCUCCUCGCCUUCGCCGCCGGGGUCCCGGCCGCAGCGGCGGCCACCGCCGUGGAGGGAGCGCAGGCGGCCACGGCGGAGGCGUCGUGCGAGCCCUCCAUCCUCGCCACCCAGGUCUCGCUCUUCUGCGCGCCCGACAUGCCCACCGCGCAGUGCUGCGAGCCGGUGGUGGCCUCCGUCGACCUCGGCGGCGGCGUACCCUGCCUCUGCCGCGUCGCCGCCGAGCCGCAGCUCAUCAUCUCCGGCCUCAACGCCACCCACCUCCUCACGCUGUACGCCGCCUGCGGAGGCCUCCGCCCUGGAGGCGCUCGCCUCGCCGCCGCCUGUGAAGGUCCCGCCCCACCGGCCUCCAUCGUCACUGCCCCGCCGCCCCCGGUUGCUUUUCGCCGCAAGCCGCCGGCACGCGAGGCACCUCCCCCACCGCCGGCGGCCGAGAAGCUCUCCCCGCCGCCUCAGCAGCACGACGACUCCGACCACAACAAGCGCGUCGGCCCACUCCCGAGAGGCUCUCCUCCCCCGUAUGCCCAGUCCGUCCCGGUCGGCCCCGCCGCCGCUCCCCCGCCACCACGCUCCGGCGCCUCCUCGUCGCUCCAGGCGCCCCUCGCCGCCACCACCACCAUCGUUGCCAUCACCCUCAUCGCCGCCGCCCAGUACUGAGGACACGCCGCCGCCGGCGCCCGCUCCCCAGAGCCAUGAUUCGUUCGCAGUAUUUUUCAUCCUGUUCUUUUGCUUCUCUCUCUGGCUACCCAUGUAUAUGAGUUUGGAAGACGAUGAUUUGAUCUAGUAGCGCGUUACCAAGUUUGCCUAGAUUCGAGUAGUAGCUGUGGUACUAUGCUGAUGUCUCUUUGAUCGCGUCGUCUCUAGAGCGUCCGCCGUUUUUGAUCGAUCACUAGCAUGGCCGAUGUGAGUCCAGCAUGAAAAGUGGUCGAGGAGAACAUUGUUGCUAAGUUUUUUUUUUGCUUUCUAUCUCCAGUAGCUGAACAAGUAUGUCAACUGAAUGCUGCAAUGAAGUGAAUGGAUGCAGUCUUAAAUUUAGCCUUUC